AUGGCCGGCGGCAAGGCAAGAGUCUCGAUUGUCAAGCUGCUCUCAACAGCGGGCACGGGCUACUUUUACACGACGACCCGUCUGAGGACACUGGAGAAGAAGUUGAGCUUCAUGAAGUACGAUCCGAGGAUAAAGAGACAUGUCCUCUUCGUCGAAGCAAAGAUACGGUGA